CAAACAUUCCUCUAUGAUAUUACCUUCACAACUGUAGCUAUCUAGAAUAAAAUUGAUAUCAAUUUCAAAUUAUUUCAAUGUUGUCCUUGGAAAUUUGAACCAUAAAUUUAAUUUCACAGAGAGAACAAUGAGCCAAUGUUGUUAGUAGCGGUUGGCCUGGGCAAUGAAACCAUAGUAAAAUAUCUUCUAAAGUUUGGUGCAGAUCCGUUGAAAACCAACAGUAAGGGAGAAACUGCUGAGAUGAUCGCCGCCAAAAACGAAUAUCAAGGCAUUGUCACUAUCAUCCAGUUUCGUGUAUCAGCUGUGCAGAAUCUCCAGAAACUUCUACAGUAUCUCUCCCUGGACAAAUAUUGGCCGAUUAUGAUUGACAAUAACAUAGAUAUGGACAAGUUUUUAACAUUGACUGAGGCUGAUCUACAGAGUCUUGGAGUAAAUUUAUUGGGACCUCGAAGGAAAAUGUCGAUGGCUAUUACCAGUCUAAAUGCCUUGAGACAGCAACAACAGAAUUCACUUUGAAGAACUCAACUUUUAAAAAUAUAUUAGACUAACAUCCAAAGAAGUCAAUAUUGAAUAAUAAACAUUGGAUUAAGAUGGUACUAAUUUAUAAGACGUUUAAGUGUGUUGAUAAUAUGAUAGCCUACUGUGUUAAAUGUGCAUAAUCAAUGAUUUUAAUGUGUCGAUUUUCAAUUUUUGCUUUGAAAUAUUAAUGUAGAAAUAUCAAGAAUUUUAAUGACAACUAAUAUAAUGACAAAUGUAAUAAGAAAUAAUUUUUGUGUCAAAAUCCUUAUCUAUGUCAUUCUCUUCUAGUCUAUCUAUUUUUAAAUGAAAGUCAACCUGCUCAUGUGAAAUCAUUAAUUUCAUCCUCACUGUAUAACUUGGAUUUAAAUGUUUUAUUAUACAAAUGGAAAAAACUUUGAAUUAUAACAUUGUUUUAAAAGUUGAAUUAUCUAGUUAUAAGUUUCGGAUCAAUAAACCAUAAAUCUUAACUUGUCGACAAGAAUAAAAUUGAAAUUGAUUUAUGAAA